GCCGCCUCCCCCGGCCUCCGCCGCCGCGUCAGUCCGGAGGCUGCGCCCAGCGAGCGCCCGGAGCCGCCCGCCCCAGAGCGGCCGCAACGGAAAGUUCCGCCUCGGAUCCGCUUUGAAAAAGGAGAAAGAAAUUGGACGGGGCCGGCCGUGCUCGGGAGACGCGGGCGGCGAGGAGGGGGCGCCUCUCCCCGGGAAGCCGCCUCCCGCCGCGACGAGGGCCGACGCCGCUCGGGCCGGCCGCGCGCCUUCCCUCUCCCCGCGGACCCGCGCCGCCCGCCGGCACCAUGGAGUUCUCGGAGAGGAGAAGAAGCAGGAAAUCGCAGAGCUUCAAAUUGGGGAGCCGAGAUUAUCAUCAUGAGGUGUAUAAGAUCUCAGAAUUCAGCAACAAUGUUAAUGGGGAGGCCAAAGAGACACAACCCAUUUUUUUAGGAGACGAAAGCAUGGAAAUUAAAAAACAAAUUACAGGCAUGAGACGAUUACUGAAUGACAGCACGGGGAGGAUAUACCAGCGUGUCGGCAAGGAAGGAGAGAAGUUAAAGGAAGAGCCCCAGGAAUUGGAUUUCACCUGGCCUCAGCGUUUGAACUCCUCUGUUGAGGCCCCUCAGAGCCUCCGCCCCUCUUCAAGUGGUGCCUGGAAUGAGUUGGCACCCCAAAGUGGGCAGUUCUCGGGGCAGUAUGGCACCCGCUCUAGAACCUUCCAGAGUCAACCCCCUACCGCCGGGAGCUCCAACGGAGAACUUCCAGUGGUGAAUUCAUCAGUUGGCUCAAACUGCUGCACUUGUAACUGCCAGUCAACAUUGCAGGCCAUUCUCCAAGAGCUCAGGACCAUGAGGAAAUUAAUGCAGAUUCAAGCAGUUGGAACCCAAAACAGACAACAAGCCCCAGUUUCCCUUAUGUGCUCCCAGCGAACUGCUGUCUCACGCAAGAGAAAUAAAAAGAAAAAAGUGCCCCCAAAGACUGUGGAACCUCUUACUGUGAAGCAGAAGCCCAGUGUGCUACAAAUGGAAACGAAGACAGCGGUGGCCUCGGCGCAGUCUGCUGUCCACACUGCUGAGCGCCGCGCCCCAGAGGAGGACCGAGCCGUAGGGUUUGGCAUUGUUCUUGAAUCGCCUUCCUCCGAUCCAGAAGUGCAACUUGCUGAAGGCUUUGAUGUGUUUAUGCCUAAAUCUCAGCUGGACUCUAUAUUGUCAAACUACACUCGCUCAGGAAGCCUUCUGUUUAGAAAACUGGUGUGUGCAUUUUUUGAUGACAAGACUUUGGCUAACUCCUUACCCAAUGGGAAGAGGAAAAGAGGACUCAAUGACAACCGGAAAGGACUAGACCAAAAUAUUGUGGGUGCAAUCAAAGUCUUCACAGAAAAAUACUGCACUGCUAACCAUGUGGAUAAACUUCCUGGCCCAAGAGACUGGGUACAGAUUCUACAGGAUCAAAUCAAACUGGCUAGGAGGAGGCUAAAAAGAGGCUCAGCAGAGGCUGCUGACUGUGAGGAAAGACUGGAUGGCACUUCUCUACCGCCAACAGAGAAAAAAGCCUCAGGCCCGGAAACAUUAAAUGCCCGUCCAAGGUCUCCCAGCUAACUGAUGGCCCAACAGCACCGCUCCACCUCCCAGCCAGCCGCCCUCUGCUCUCGUCCCUGAGCCCAGGCCAGCUUUCACCUGCGAGUUUCCCAAAGACCCCAAGGGGAGAUGGACACACUUAGCCCCCUUAGCAGCCCUGUCAGUGUCUCACCUCACAGGUGGAAGGCUGCUCGGAAGUCUACCCAGAGUGCACCGCAGUUUAAACUUGUGUUGUCUGGCUGAUUUGGUUCAAGGCUGUGAGGUCAUGGCUGAAGGCCUGUCCUGCAGAUCUUCUCAUUAAGCUAAAGACAUUCCAUACGCACCACUAAACAACAUGGUAAAUCACAUUUAUCAUUUACAGUGUGGGGAAGAUAGUCAGAAGUUGGGGCUCAGAUUUUGCAGUCAGAAAUCGAGUCACCCUGAUAGACCAGCAUGUUUCUGGAUUGCCCCACUACACUAAAACCCCCAGCCCGGUCUGCUUCUUUGACUACAGCUCCUACUGUUCUCUUGCUGCCGCCUGCCUGCCCCGCCUCUCCCGGGGCCUUGACACUCCCUGGUCAGACAGUGGGAGUGGCCACAGGCUCUGAAGCAGACGUCUUGAUUCCCUUAUCCGAGCAGCCAACAGGUGGUCCUUUUUAAAGAGUUGGCAAUGCCUUUAUUACCUCUUUAAGGUCUUUUAAGGUGUUUUGCUCCUUCUUCCAAAAUUGUGGGUAUUUGGGGGGCGGGGAGCAGUGCACAGGUAAAUCUUCAAGUGCAUCUGCAAACCUAGCUUGGCCAAAGCAGGGUUACAGUCAGGCAGCCAAAUGGCAUGCGUUUCAAUCCUUCACGUGGAAGGAACCCUCUCUGUGUCUGGGUCGAACACAAACUGACAGGUUUUAGAGGGGAGAAACUUAUUUUCUUAACUGGUUUCUCCUCAACCUCAUCAGUAAGCCUUUUGGAGCAGCCAGCAAGCAUCAGGGCAGACUUGGGCUCCAGCGGCCAACGCCCACCCUCAGAGAGCCCCAGACGCUUUGAGAGCGAAAACCCUCAACCCAGCAUUUGGGAAAAGUUUGUGUUUAAAAAAAAAAAAUAAAGAGUCAAAGCAGUGCUGACAAUUAGAUUGGGGCUUCUGGAUUUGAAAUAAGUGGUGCCGAGUUCAUCUGGAUUAGCAGUUCAUGUCAUAAAUUGGCCUUUCUGUACUUCUGUUUAAAAAAAUUAAUAAAAAUAUAUAAGGAAGAAAAUUUAAAUUGCUUUAUUUUACCACCCAGAGACUAGACUUUUCUCUAUAUUUAUUUAAUUUAUUUAUAAAUAGACAUCAAAUAGAUAUCCAAUUUUAUUUCCUGGGUAUUUUUUUCUUUUUUACCUGUCAUUUUUGCAUUUUAUUACCAGUGCUUCAUAAGCAUUAUUUUAAUAGCUUCAUGAUAUUCUGUUUUGUAGGUGAAUUAUAUUGUAUGGAACCAUACACAUUCAUGGGCUCUCUUGCAAAAAUAAUCAUUUCAAACUUCUAAUUCCUAAAAUUGCCCAUUUAGCACAACUAAAGCCUUGGCUAAAGAGUUACUAAUUUAAAUGUGAAACACAGACACCUCAGCAGUCAGUUUUUCAUUUAUCUAGAAUACCCCUCUCGCCCUAUCCUGGAGAAGUACACAGCUCUUCUUAAUAGAGGUGGUUUCUCCCUUCAUCUUCUUGGUUUGUCUCUGUUGUAGGUCAUAUAUUUCACACCAAGAGAGAAAACACGGAAGACCCAGAACCAGAUUUCACUGCCUAGACUUCCGUUGUAGUGAGUUGAAUAUGCAUUGACAUGUGUAACUCCUCGGUUUGUGUGUCCUCAAAGAGCCACGUAGGCAUUGCAGGUUACUGUUGAGUGUGGGUGUGCUGUGAAGUUUACCCUUCAUGUUUAAAUAGUUUUCAUAUGUUUCUCUGUCAUAUGUGAUGAUCAUAAUCAAGCCUCCAAUUUGGUAUAAGAUUUUUACCAUCAUUUUUGGAGAUGGUUUAUUACCCUUCAAAAAUCUGUGUAUGAUCCAGUUACUAUACUGUCCAUUAUAAAGCAGCAAUUCCCCCUUCCCUGUUGUUUAAAUAACCUCAAUGUGAAGACACAGAAUUUGGAAGUAUAUCUAUUUUAAUAUAAAAUGCUUAAAGGAGACUGGCUCUUCCCAGUACAGAGGGAGUAGUUAUGAAGGUCAAAAUUAAUUAGACCUUCAUCAGCCUGGAAGAUGAAGAGGUUGUUUUCAGAGACAGGAUAGCUCUGAUCUAUUAGAUAAAAUCAUUUGUGACAUCAAUUUCCCCCAAAUAAUCAUUUGUAACCAAACAAGUACAAAUGAUACAUAAAUUCUUAGGAAGGAAAAAUCGUUCAUGUAUUUGUAAAAUCUAGAUUGUGUCGACACACUGACAAAAUAACUAAUUAAGAGGUGAGAAACCCAAAGCACCCGUUGUCCACAUGACGGUGACCCAUGAUGAGCCGCUGGUCCUGCCUGCGCAGCCCCCCACUCCAAGCCCACCACCGUGCCCUUCCUAAUUUGCUGCCUGCUUCCUUGAGGUCCUGCUACACUUGCCCUCACCCUUAUGUAAGACCAGGAUGUAACUAGCUGCGUUCAUUUUAAAGUGACAUAUGGCCCUGCAAGUAUUACCUCCAGAUUCCUUUCUCUAAUAAGAUAGGGAAUUGGAAAUACUGUUUUAUUUAGAAACAUCACAUUCACACCUCGCGUGUACAAAGCAAAAAUCACCACAAAUCUCUGACACUUGACCCAAAGGUCAAAAAUUGGCAUGAAAGAAAUUUGGACUGCAGAUCCAACAAACCCCCAAGGGGGAAUGCUAUGUGGGCAUUGAACGCCGUUCCCUAGCACUUAGUGUGUCCAAUCUUGGCAUUUAAAGAGGCAAGAGGGGGCGGCUGGGGGGGGGAGGCAGCCUAACUGCCAGGCGCUCACAUCUCCUAUCUGUGUGCCUCUUUUCUUCUUUAAGCUACAAGGAAGGUUCCAAGAAAUAGUUUCCAUUACACCUUUUAGUCAGUCUUUUCCGUUUCAGGCCAGUAAGUAAGCCUUUUCCUGAAGCCAAUGUCUUUGUUUAUCAAGUGGUCUAAUUAAGCGCUCUGAGCCAGGGCUUUUGUUUCUCUGCAACGUAUGUUUUCAGAUGUGUCUUCUGCCUCCCAGAAGGAAAUAUUUCUCAAGGGAAUAGAAGAGUUUAAUUAGUGCCCUUUCAACUCUAUUAAAAUGGGAUGACUAUGUUGCUGGCAGAGGUGGAAACAUUUACCUUAGAACUGUGAAAUCUGUUCAGUAUGCACCAGGAGCCUUCAAAAGCACUUCCUUCCAAGGAAGGCAGCCGGGGCGCCAGGCAGCUGGGAUUUUCCGGCUCGGGAGGCGGGGUGGGGGGGCUCCCUCACAGAUGCGUGCAGCGGGUCCACACAUUGGAAAUACACAUCACAAAACUGCAGCAGUAGAAUCGGAUUUUGUAAAUUAAAAUUGUAUUUGUGUUUACUUACUGUGACUACUGUUCAGACUUUAUUCAGAAAUCCUUUUUAUAGGCUUUCUUAGCAAAAAAAAAAUAUAUAUAUAUAUAUAUUCCAUAUCUCUGGAUAAUGUCUCAAUCUUCUGUAUAUAUGUUUUAUUGAUAUGUAAAUAUUUAGAUUUUUUAAAAUUACUAUGUUCUUUAAAAAGAAUUCAACAAAAGUCUAGUUGUGAAAAUGGUGUAUAACGUUGUGUUGUGAUACCAGUUCCCAAGAUGCUGUUUAUGUCUGUUCUGGAAGAACGCAAUAAAUUACUUUAAUUGAA